UCCAUUUCCUCAUCAAUGACUUCCGACUAUAAUCAUCCGGUGUAUAAUCUUAGGCUCAAGCCUCUAAAUCGUCGUUUCUCCAUAAUCCCCCCCAAAAACUGCAAAAGCCCGAACGCUCCCGAUACAGAAUCAACCCUUAACAUCUACCGAGGCCAAUUCGUAGAGCUGGGCAAAACCGAACGAGGCCGAAGUGGCGCAGUCGUGCCCCUCGGUCCAGAUGAAAUAUGUAGAGCCAGAAAUCUGGAUUCUGGAUAAAAGGGGUGUGUGCCGUGGUGGAAGUGCACGAAACGGGACCACGGCACCCCAUAAAAACUGCAUUUUGAGUGGAAAAUAGUGUCGCCGAUGAUGGCCGGGACAUUGUUGAUGACAAUAAGAUGGUGCGUGGAGUUUUUGUGGGAGAACUUUAACCUGGCGGUGAUGUAUGGAACCGUCUGUUGAAUAUGGUCGUGUGUUUGUUGAACUUUUCGGUAUGCGACGACGGUGGUGAAGGGACGACGGUUAUUGUUAAAACUUGUUUCGUAUUUGUUAAAUGCUGUUUUUAUCGUACUAUGUUAUUGACUUCACGAUAAGUGAACAUGUCUUGGGAGUCGCUUAAUUCGAGGGAGUUCAGCAAUUUUAACAACAUCUACCAUACAUCGGGGGCGGGAGUCAGCCAUCAGCUAUCGGCAACACGGUUGCUGUCUUCGCCAGAUGGUUCCAGGCACCCCCUCGAUGGCCUUAACCACGCGUGGCCUUGGACGGAGUCCUACUCCAGUCUUCACCGUGACACCUAUACGGAAGUGCGUACCCCCAGGACUCCUAUUUGUACCUUUGGCUGUUUCUACGCUUGUAGGGCCAAGUUUAGACAUAGCUUGGCUAAGAGAAAGGUGGAACAGGGACUAAAACUCUAUAACCAGCACAAGCAACAGCAGGCGGUGAGAAAAUGGAAAAGUUCUCUCAAGUCAUUAAGGAAAAGGGAAGAUAAGUUCAGCGUUUUAGGGUACUUAUAUCAAGCUUAUAUGGAUUGGGGAAAGUACAGGGAUGCUUUAGAAUACGCCCACCGUCAGCUGUUCAUAUCAGAAGAGUUAGAUAGUCCCAACAUGAGGGCCGAAUCCUAUUUAAACUUGGCGAGGGCGCACCAGAGAUUAGGAGGCUUAGAAAGGGCAUUAGCAUACGCACGACAUUCACUGUACAACGAGUGCGAAGUAUGUACUACAGCCGGCCACGUACACUUGACUGUAGGCUCUGUAUAUUUGGAACUAGCGGGGUUUAAUAAGGCCCUGGAUAGUUUCCAGCAAGCUCAUAGGAUUGCUCAGGCUGUACACGAUCCUGCUUUAGAAUUACAAGUUUACGUGGGCCUUUCGGAACUGUUUAGCCGACUACAAGAUGCAGACAAAAGUGCCAAAUACGCUAAUAAAGCUUAUGAUUUAUCACGGUCCUUACAGUUGGGAGAUUUAAAUUCUAGGCAUCACAGAGCAGCGCUUCUUCAAAUGGCUUCUGCUCUACGUAAGCAGGGCGAACUCGGGGAUGCACACGACUACUGUUCGGAAGCUACCAGGUUGGCGGUAGUAUCUGGAGACCAAGCAACUUAUGCCAAAAGCAUAAGAAUUAUGGGUGAUAUUUAUAGAAAAAAGUCUGAUAUUAAUAAAGCUUUUCGUCAAUACGAAGCGGCCAUGGGCUCAGCAGCCGCGAUGGGCGACAGAGUAAUUCAAAUGGAAUCUAUGGAUGGCGCGGCCAGAUGUCUGGAAGCUCUACGCCUCCAGCACAAAAUCUGCAACUGCAGACCGUUAGAGUUCAACACUAGACUCCUGGAGGUCGCUGGAUCCAUUGGUGCCAAAAUGCUUGUUCGUUCAAUAAGAAACCGUUUAUCCGCCAUCUACGGUUCUUUAGGAGAUGAAAACAAUAAAUUACAUCACGAGAGGGUGGCGAUGAGACUGCAACACGAUUUAGAUAUGAACUGUGCAUGUUGCGGGACGCCUUAUGGCUUAGAGCCUGAUUCGUUGGAGGCUUUACCGUGUGCCCAUAUUUUACAUGCUCGGUGCGCAUACGACCUCUUCCGACGCAACAAAAAAAAGAAAAGAUCGUGUCCUGAAUGCGAUCGUACCAGUUCCAGGCUGUACUUGAACUGUAACGAUUAUAACACCAUGCAGUACAGCCCUGUACCUUUGUCUGUAUGUUCUUCGGAUAGUCAUUGUACCUCGCAUCAUGCCACCAGUUCUGUUUAAAUUCAGCUAUACAAUUCCAAGAACAAGACUAUAAUCAGGUCUUGUAGGUAAAGAAACAAAGACUAUAUUAUACAGGGUGUUACAAAAUUCGGUGCAAAUAUUUUAAGAGUGUAUUAUUGGAGUUAAAAUAAGACUUUUUUUUCUAUAAACAUGUAUCCUAAAAUGCCCCCCCUCAGAGCUACAGCGUGCGCAAAUUGCUUGAAGAAAAUCGAUUAUUUGGAUCUGUAAAUACAAUUAUGCAUCAAUUCUUCUGAAAAUGUGCAUGCUCCCGUUUCUUGAGUGCUCUUUUUAUUUUCCGUCCCAAAAAUGGUGUAAAUUCAAUUUUAGGGUAUGAUUCCGGGGGAGCUUACCCUUCUGAUAGUUCGUAUCUUAUGUUCCCUAGAAGAAAUCUAAAAAGCAUAACUGUAGUGAGUGUUCCAAAUAUUUGAUUUUCUUCAAGCAAUUUGCACGGGCUAUAGCUCUGAGGGGUUGAAUGUUAGGACACAUGUUUAUGAGGAACAAACUCCUAUUUUAACUUCAACAAUACUCUCUUAAAAUAUUUGCACCGAAUUUUGCAAUACCCUGUAUUUAGAAUUUAUGGAUUGAUGAAGCCCUUUUUAAGACGAUUUUUAAGGCUUUUUUGUAAAAGAAAAAUUUACUUUUGAAUCAUUUUUCCAAGGAGCUAUUUGAACUUUUGUUUCUGUAAUAUUUAGCAGCGGGCAUUUUUUAGGGGAAGGGAUCCUCAGUAGCACAAUGUUGAUAAAAAUCUAUACUUGUUUACAUGCAUUUUCGAUAUUUUCCCAAUUUUCUUAGGAAUUAUUUGAUUUUUCGCACUUAAUGGCAAAUUAUAUUGAAAUUGUACUGGGCAGGCAUAAGAAUAAUAAUUUUGUAUAUCUUAAUAUUUGGCGAAAUUAUUAUAACAAUUGGCCUGCGAAUAUAUAACCAAUAUUAGAUAAAACACGAAUAUAUUUAUAUUUUUUAAGGAUUUAGGCUCAAUCUAUAUGUAUAACAAAUAUUAUUGUACCAAUAUUGUGUGGUACUGGGGAUAUUUAUAAUAUGGACAAAAAGUCUUUCAAUAUAUUAUAAUAUUACACUACAGAAUCUAAUAAUAAUAUUCUACUGAAAAAGUCAUAGUAAUAGUAAAAAAAUUGUUAAAAAAUUGCACUUUCAAGCGCGCACCAAUACGGGUACUAGUGUUUAAGUAGUGGAGUUUAAUUUUCUUCAUAAUUGUUGAUUAGAAUUUGGAUUUUGAGUAUUUAUUUAUUGUAAAAAAAAAUGAAAAUUAAACUUCACGAAACCCAAUACAACUAAAAUAAAACAUUUAAAAAAUAAUUGCAUUUGUAAUUGAAGCUCUUCGAUCAACUGUUUGCAAGUGAUAAAACCAAUAUAAAUUUCAUAUUUUAUGACCAAACACCCAUUUUAAAUAAAUAUAAUAAUAAAUGAUCUUUUAAUGAGAGCUUUAUAUAAUUAAAAAUUUUAUUUGUGGUUCUUUUAAUAUCCCCACCUUAGUAAUCAGUUUAUAAAUAUUUGCAACACCCGGUAUAGUUCUGGAAGAACUACAAAAGUUUGUUGACAAUUGUUUCAAAAUUAAAGUGAGGGGGAUGUUAUAUAAAAAGAACCUACAUAGUUUAACAAAUACAUACAUAUAAAAGAAGAAAUCAAGAAAUAUUUUAAUGUUAAAACAUAUUGUAAAUAUGUUGUAAAUAUAACAUUAUAUCUUUAGUAGGGAUUUGUUAAUUUUUAUUCGAAUUGGCAAAGGAGAUGCAGCCAUUAAAGAACAUAAUGUGCAUUUUCUUUAUAAUAGUAAAUUAUUAUUGUUGUCUUAUUAUAUAAUAUAUAAUGAUAGCAAGUCUAGACCACAGCAAUCUCAAAGAAUUUCUUGAUCUAGUUUUGCCUCUCCCCCCAAAGCCUUUGUUGAGUGUGGUGAGUAAAUCAAUUCUUGAACAAUCAAUUUGAAAAAAAUUCAUUAUCAUUAAGGGACGUUAAAUUAUUAUAAAAUUAUAAAUUAAAAUUAUUAAAGAUGAUAGAUUAAUGAAAUUAUAUAAACAAUGGGAGUCGAUGCCUGUUAAUAUGGUAAAAAAUUAUAUUAAUUU